CGAGGAAGACGCCGGGACCGGGGCCCGAAGAAGCCGUCCCGGAACGAUCUGUCCCUUUGCCCUGCCUCGUUGCUUCUUCCGCUGUCUCCGCCGAGAGACACGUGUCAUCUUCUGCGUCCCGGAUCCAUAGAAAGGAAGAGGGGAGCGAGGAGCGGGCAAAUACCUGGCUGUUGUAGCAACUCCCCUCUCAGAGAAAAACUUAGCGAGGCGCUCCGCGAGGUUUUUUGCCACUCUGAAAAGGGAAUCUGAUUCUGCCCCGCCUGGAUUCUGUGAAGGGAGCCGGACGCUUUUCAUCCUUUUGCCCAUCUGCUGCUCCCUUCCUCCGCUGCACUCCGGUGCGGGCCGGUAGUGGCGGCGGCGGCGCCUUCCCCUCCGUGUCCGGCCGGCCUUGCGGCGCUCCCAUGCUGCUGCUGCGGAAGCUGCCGGGCAUGCCGGGCUGUCCGCCGUCGGCGCUGGGUCUGCGGCUGCCGCACAAGUUCGCCUUCCUGCUCUUCCUCUCGGGCCUGCUCACGCUCUGCUUCGGGGCCCUCUUCCUCCUGCCGGACUCGUCCCGCUUCAGGCGCCUCUUCCUGCCCCGCCGCGGAGCGGAGCCGGACCUGAGCCGCCCCUCGCCUCCGCCGCCCCCGCCGGGCUCCGACCCCGGCCGCCGCCGCCAUGCCGCCCCCAGCCCGCCGCCGCCGCCCCUCCGGGACCCCAAACUGCCGCCCGGCGCCGCCAAGCGGGAGCGCUUCCAACGCCGCCCACAGGGGCCGCCCGGCGCGGGGACCGCCGCCGCCGCCAACGACCCUCUCCGGCAGACGCGGGCCCCCUUCCGCUUCGACUACCAAGCCUUCCGGCAGAGCCUCCGCCACCCGGUGCUGGGCAGGAGGAGAGGCGGCGCCGAGGAGCCCCCCGAGCUCCGCGCCCGGCGGCUGAAGAUCAAGGAGAUGAUGAAGUUUGCUUGGGAUAACUACAAACGAUAUGCGAUGGGAAAAAAUGAACUACGCCCCCUCACUAAAAAUGGACACAUCGGUAACAUGUUCGGAGGCCUCCGAGGAGCCACAGUGGUGGAUGCUUUAGACACUUUGUACGUGAUGGAGCUGCAAGAAGAAUUCCAAGAAGCCAAAAGUUGGGUGGAGCAGAGCUUUGACUUGAAUGUGAAUGGCGAAGCUUCCUUGUUCGAAGUGAACAUCCGCUACAUCGGAGGGCUGCUGGCUGCGUUCUACUUAACUGGUGAAGAGGUCUUCAAGAGUAAAGCUCUAGAACUGGGAGAGAAGCUUUUGCCAGCUUUUAACACACCGACCGGUAUCCCACGGGGAGUCAUAAACCUGGGCAGCGGCAUGAGCUGGAGCUGGGGAUGGGCGUCCGCAGGCAGCAGCAUUUUGGCAGAAUUCGGCAGCCUGCACCUAGAAUUCCUGCACCUCUCAGAGCUAUCUGGGAAUGCAGUCUAUGCUGAAAAGGUGAUGAACAUCCGCAAAGUCCUGAACAGAAUCGAGAAACCGCAGGGGCUCUAUCCCAACUUCCUCAGCCCAGUAACUGGGAACUGGGUGCAGCACCACGUUUCCAUUGGUGGCCUUGGUGACAGUUUUUAUGAAUACCUGAUCAAAUCAUGGCUGAUGUCAGACAAGAAGGAUACUGAAGCAAAAAACAUGUACGAUCAUGCACUAGAGGCCAUAGAAAAACACCUGGUAAAGAAGUCUGCCGGUGGACUGACCUAUAUUGCCGAGUGGCGAGGUGGUAUCUUGGACCACAAGAUGGGCCAUUUGGCUUGCUUCUCCGGGGGCAUGAUAGCCCUCGGAGGGCAACAUGCGGCAGAAGAGCAGAAGCAGCACUACAUGGAUCUGGCUGCAGAAAUAACACACACCUGUCAUGAGUCUUACGCGCGUUCAGAUUCCAAGCUGGGCCCAGAAGCAUUUCGCUUUGAUUCUGGUACCGAAGCCGUGGCCACCCGGCUCAGCGAUCGCUAUUACAUUCUGCGCCCUGAAGUUGUCGAAAGUUACCUGUACAUGUGGAGAUUGACGCACGAUCCCAAGUACAGGCAGUGGGGAUGGGAAGUUGUCCAGGCACUCGAGAGAUAUUGCCGAGUAGAAGCCGGUUUCUCUGGGAUCCGGGAUGUUUAUACCACAAACCCAAGUCACGACAACAUGCAACAGAGUUUUUUCCUGGCAGAGACAUUAAAGUAUCUGUAUCUUCUGUUCUGUGAAGAUGACGUGCUGUCUCUUGAGGACUGGGUGUUCAACACCGAAGCCCACCCGCUGCCUGUGAACCACACAGACUUUGUCCUGAAGACAAAUGUGCAAUAGAGGCAGCCAGCUUCCGCAAUGGGUUGCGGCGGGUCACUACUUCUCCCUCUCUAUUUUUUUGGUUUCUUUUUCCUUUCCAAUAAAGGAAUGUGUGAUGUUCCCGGAAAGGUAUUUUGGGGACAUUCGUCCAAUUCCGGACAGUAUUUUAUCGGGGAGUAUAAAAACUGAAACAAGCACCUUCAUUUUUUUUUCCUCUAUGAGGAACCUUACUUGCCUGGUAAUGAGAUGCUGGUUAUGGGCCAUAAUAGAGAAUCAUGAACGUUUCUUUCUACAGAGAAUUUCUAUGGAACUCACUGACAUUGUUUUCACGUGGCCAAAGGAUCAGGAGUUUGCCAUAAAACAGACAUGUUGUUUUUUUGUUGUUUUUUUGCCAUUUUUGUCUUUCCCUCCUACCUGCUUUUUAAUAUAAUGUUGAUUUUUUAAAAUCACUUUUAUCAUUUAUACUUUCAAAAUCUCAUGCAUUCUAAAUGGACUCGAUGCCAUCACUUGAUCAAGAAGUGUCUGCAAAAUCCUGAAUUCCAAACAUCUUUUAUAUAUCUCUAUUUCUUUUUUCCCCCUGUGCUCUUAAAAAUGUUUACUGUCUGUUGCAUCAUGUGUGACUUUGAUUUCUAAUGUUUGACGUUUUUCUGGCGUUUGGGGGGAAACAUUUGCUUUUUGUUUUUCUUUGUUUUUAAUUUUCAUUUGGAGCUUAAAUAUUACAAGGCACUUGUAAUUAUUUUGUUUCUGUAAUACUCAGAAAUGUGAAAUAGAAUAAACAUUUCCUGUCUGAUAAGAA